GGGCCAACCAAAUAGUGCCCCAAAACAGAUAUUUUCUCUAGCCCAAAGUUCACUAAUAAUAGCCUCUCUUUUUACUAACCCUAAGCUUCACUGCAAAAACCAAUCUCUUCAUACAUCAAAGGCAUCAGUAUUCCCUCCCAUUUUCGUUCCAUUAUCACGCCGGCCACAAUGGUAAACGUUCCUAAGACGAAGAAGACUUACUGCAAGUCGAAGGAGUGCAAGAAGCACACCUUGCAUAAGGUUACACAAUACAAGAAGGGCAAAGAUAGCUUAGCUGCUCAGGGAAAGCGUCGUUAUGAUCGCAAGCAGUCUGGUUACGGUGGACAGACAAAGCCUGUCUUCCACAAGAAGGCAAAGACCACGAAGAAGAUUGUCUUGAGAUUGCAAUGCCAAGGUUGCAAACAUGUGUCACAGCACCCAAUCAAGAGGUGCAAGCAUUUUGAGAUUGGCGGUGACAAGAAAGGAAAAGGAACCUCUCUUUUCUAGAUUGCUUGUGAAGCAGAAUUUAAUCUCUCUCUCCUGUUCUAUUACACUCUUCAGAUAUUUGUUUUACAUCGAAUGUAGUUGAGGAGUUUUCUGUUAUCGAUUCCUGGUUAGUUAUGUGCUCUGUGUCAAUGAUAAAUCUUAUCAGGGGAUGAAAUGAAUAUUUAAGUUUCCGAUUCA